AGGGGGUUCAUUCUCUGUCUCGGACAUGCCGGUACAAGUGUCAUUGAAAUAUUAAAAAAGAUAUAUAUACAAUCUUUUUAUGUCUUCUAAAAACAAACCAGAGUAAAGAAUCAAGAUAACGCAAACCGCGACUUAACGGGAAAAAGAGAAGGACUUGUCUUGUGAUCAAAGAAGCGAUGCUAAUCACUUCGCAAUCCUCAUCUCCUCCUCCACUUCCCAACCUUUCUCUUCCUCAUAGAACUCUUUCAGCUUUUCCUACUUCAGGAAAUUUCUUUGCGUCAAAGGGGCAUAUAGUUCGUUGCUGUCACAGUUUCAAUGACAAUAGUGUGCAAAAUGGAUAUGUAUUACAUUGUGAAGAGAAAUGGAGGCGCAGGUUUCUUCUUCUUUUUUCUGCCUCAUUGGGCUUGUUUCAAACUCUUCCUUCCUGGGGAAAGACAAAGAAUAAGAACCCAUAUGAUGAAAAACGCUUGUUAGAGCAAAACAGAAGAAUACAGAAAGAGAAUAAUGCACCGGAGGACUUCCCAAGUUUUAUUAGAGAAGGUUUUGAGGUUAAAGUCGUUACAACAGAGAAUUAUGUAAAGCGUGAUUCAGGGCUUAUAUACCGGGAUUUUGAAGUUGGUAAAGGUGAUUGCCCAAAGGCUGGUCAACAGGUGACUUUCCACUAUAUUGGUUAUAACGAGUCAGGCCGUCGCAUUGACAGCUCCUACAUGCAAGGUUCUCCUGCCAAAAUCCGCAUGGGCACUAAUGCAUUGGUUCCAGGAUUUGAAGAAGGAAUUGGAGACAUGAGACCUGGGGGAAAAAGAAGGAUAAUCAUUCCUCCAGAACUUGGGCCACCAGUAGGACCUUCCACAUUUUUCAGCGCAAAACAGUUUGAAGUGUUUGAUGUGGAACUUUUAAGCGUCCAGGAUUGCCAGAGGAGGACUAUAGCAUUUUAUUCUGAUGUUGUAUGCAACUGAAAGGCUUUUUCUUUGCUCUCUUCUCCUCUCUCUUCUUUAGGAGUUAGUUUGGAUAUCUUUUAAACAGAGCUUUUGCCGAGUUAUUUCUUUGAAUAGUUCAUAGACUAUACUUUGCUUCUAUUUGUUAAAAAUUAUAUUUCUGUUCA